AUCGUCAGUGUUGACCUGGAGAGCGAGGAGGGAGGUGUUGCUGCGCUCUAGUGCUGGAUUAUUACCUCGCUACCCUCUCAUAACCUCAGAUUAAUCAUUAAUAAUCUUACUCACGUGUUCCUUAUAAAAGAUGAGCGUGGUGCUGGUGCUUGGGUCGGGAGGCCGGGAACAUGCAAUGGUUGCUGCCCUUGCUGCCUCUCCUGCAGUGUCAUCAGUCCUCGUUGCUCCGGGUAAUGCUGGCACUCACUCCAUUACCCGAGUCACCAACAUUCCCCUUGACAUCACAAAUCAUCAAGCAGUUGUUGAUGUAUGUCGUGAACACAAAGUGAGCGUGGUGGUCGUAGGACCUGAGGACCCGCUGGCAGCUGGUCUGAACAACACACUCACUGCUGCUGCAAUAAAGGUAUUUGGACCAAGUAGAGAAGCAGCACAGAUUGAGUCCAGCAAAGCAUGGGCUAAGGACUUCAUGGUUCGUCAUGGAGUGCCAACAGCCAGCUACUCUACAUUCACCAAUCCUCAACAAGCCAAAGACUUUAUAAAAAACGGGUCAUGGCCAGGUUACGUGGUAAAGGCCUCGGGACUGGCAGCUGGGAAAGGUGUCGUUGUUGCUGGUUCUACUGCAGCUGCAUUGGAAGCUGUAGAUACUGUUAGUAAAAGCUUCGGCACUGCAGGAGACACAAUAAUUGUAGAGGAGUUGCUACUUGGAGAAGAAGUUUCUGUGUUGUGCUUCACUGAUGGAGAUACUAUAGCUGUGAUGCCUCCAGCUCAGGACCACAAGCGGCUUGAAGAGGGUGAUCAGGGACCAAACACCGGGGGAAUGGGAGCUUACUGCCCUUGCCCACAUCUCUCACAACUAGAACGUGAAACAAUUAAGGAAAGUGUGCUUCAGAAAACUAUUGAUGGAUUGAGGAAGGAAGGAACUCCCUUCGUGGGUGUAUUAUAUGCAGGUCUCAUGAUGACGUCCUCAGGACCAAAAGUGCUUGAAUUUAAUUGUCGCUUUGGUGACCCCGAGACCCAAGUUCUCCUACCCCUUUUGCAGUCAGACUUGUAUGACAUUAUCUUGGGAUGUGUUGAAGGACGACUGGCAGAGGUUCCUGUUAAGUUUGACGAGACGAAGAGUUGUGUGGCUGUGUGCUUGGUCAGUGGCGGCUAUCCAGGAACCUACCCGAAAGGCAAACUGAUAACAGGACUGCCUGAAGCAUUGAAGGAGUCCGGGGUGCGGGUGUACCAUGCUGGCACGAAGCUGGAAGGAAACACACUUGUCACGUCGGGUGGUCGUGUCUUGGCUGUUACUGUUACAGAUCCCAGUCUUGUAGCAGCUGCCUCCAAGGCUACAAUGAUAGCAAGCAAAGUUUCAUUUGAAGGAGCAUUCUUCAGAAAGGAUAUCGCUGCCAAAGCUAUUGCUAGGUUAACUACAGGGCCAGGUGGACUAACGUACCGGGACUGUGGUGUGGACAUUGUUGCAGGAGAUGCUGUAGUGUCUGCCAUUAAAGAUAUGGCAGCUGCCACUUAUCGUCCGGGUGUGAUGGGUAGCCUGGGAGCAUUUGGGGGCUUGUUUGACCUCCAGGCAGCAGGUUACUGUGAUCCCAUAUUAAUAUCUGGUACUGAUGGUGUCGGAACAAAGCUGAAGGUGGCACAGGCAGUAGGUAUACAUGACACAAUAGGGCAGGACCUGGUGGCCAUGUGUGUCAAUGAUGUCUUGGUGCAUGGUGCUGAACCUUUAUUCUUUUUGGAUUACUUUGCAACGGGACAUCUGGAGGUUGGCGUGGCAGCCGAUGUUGUCAAGGGUGUUGCAGAUGGCUGCUCCAUUGCUGGAUGUGCUCUGAUUGGAGGCGAGACUGCUGAAAUGCCUGGCUUGUACUCAUCUGGGGAGUAUGACUUGGCUGGGUUUACAGUUGGGGCUGUUGAAAGAACAAAAUUAUUACCCCGAAAAAGUGAAAUUGAGGCCGGAGAUGUUCUGCUUGGUCUAGUAUCAUCUGGCCUUCACAGUAAUGGUUUUAGUUUAGUGAGGAGAAUUGUUGAAGGAAAGAACCUAAAGUACACAGAUCCUGCUCCAUUUUCUCCCGGUAAAACUCUAGGUUCUGAACUUUUGACACCAACAAAAAUCUACUCAAAAGUAGUAUUGGCUUCCCUGAAGAGUGGUUUGGUGAAGGCUGCCGCCCACAUCACUGGAGGUGGCCUAACAGAGAAUCUUCCACGCAUCCUCCCGGACAACCUUGUAGCUGCUCUUCAAGCUACCAAGUGGCACGUUCAUCCUAUCUUCUCCUGGCUUGCUGCUCAUGGUGUGAGCAGCAGUGAAAUGGCUCGAACCUUUAAUUGUGGAGUGGGACUGGUGCUGGUGGUGGCGGCGGGAGAUGUGGCACAGGUUAAGCAGUUAAUUCCUGACAACGAGGUCCUGGUCAUUGGAUCACUUCAGCCACGGACAGAAGGGUGUUCACAAGUUAUAAUUGAAGGACUGGACAAUGUGCUGAGAGUUGGUGCUGCCUCCAUGAUGACCUUGUGCCCCUCACUUGUGACCCCAAGCAAGAGAGUUGCAGUCCUUAUCUCAGGCUCAGGAACUAAUCUUCAGGCACUGUUGGACCACACACAAUCAGGGUUGAGUGCAGCAAAAAUUGUGCUGGUGAUUAGCAAUGUUCCUGAUGUCAAAGGCCUUCAACGAGCAAAGGACGCUGGUGUUGCUACAAAGGUAAUCUCCCACAAAAACUACAGGAAUCGGCAGGAGUUUGAUGCAGCUCUGACAGUGGCAUUGAGGGAGGUAAAUACUGAGCUCAUCUGCCUAGCAGGAUUCAUGAGAAUUUUGACUGGAGAUUUUGUGAGGACAUGGCAGGGUCGGCUUCUGAACAUUCACCCCUCUCUCUUGCCAUCAUUCAAGGGCAUGCAUGCACAGAGGCAAGCACUUGAGGCAGGAGUGACACUGACUGGCUGCACUGUGCAUUUUGUUGCUGAAGAAGUUGAUGAUGGAGCCAUUGUGACACAGGAGGCUGUGCCAGUUUUACCUGGUGACACUGAGGACAUCUUAGUGGAGCGCAUCAAAAUGGCUGAGCACAAAGCUUUCCCAAGAGCAAUGGAGAUGGUAGCCCGCGGCCAAGUUUUCUUAGGAGAUGAUGGUCAUUGCUCUAGAUUAUAGCAGUCCUCCAUUGUCUUGCCAGGAGAUGUCGAAGAUAUUCUCAAACAUUCUCAAUUUUCAGUGAUAAAAUUUUAUAAACAAUUGUUAGUUUGCAUUUGACAAAUACUGUAAUAGAAAAAUGCUCAGUUUAACAGGGAAGCAAUUUCUAUGCUGUAAUUAAGUACACCAGAAUUUCAUAUGACUUGUGGUAUGAAAGUUGUACUAAUAUAUUAUUAAGAAAUUAUAGAUUGACUUCGGUGUAAAAUAUACAUUCCAAAAGUAUGAUCAAUUCUACUACCACACCAUAUUUUCUAGGGUGUUACAGCACUAAAGACUUUUAUCAAAUGUCUUAAAAGAUACUUUGGCUUGCCUAUAUUUUUAUAUUACCUUAAAAUAAGAAUUAAUUUCUUCCAUUAUCCAUAAUUUGUAUUUGCUGCUGUACUUAGCAAAGUUUUAAAAAAAAUUAAAAAAUAAA